CAAGAUCCUUGUCUGUGAUCUGAACACAAGAGGAAAUGGGAAGAUAGGGCUGGAGCAUACUUCUUUUUUUUCUUUUGUAUGGUUUAGAUCGUUUGAAGUAGUGAAAUAAGUGUUAGCAAUAGACAGUACUGCCCAUGCUCAUAUUCAAGUCAAGUCAGAUUCUGUCCAUUUUUCCCUAAAAAAACAUACACAUGUCGCAACCACGCAAAAUAUGUGUUGCUAUCUGCGGCCUUGGAAGAGCUGGUUUGAUCCAUAUUGGAAAUGCGGUGCGUAAUCCAAGGGUAUAUGUGAAGUGGAUUGUAGAAGAGGACCUGGAGAAAGCUGAUAAAAUAAGAAAUGAAUGCUUUUUAGAUGAUUCUGUUCAAAUAGUAAAGGCUAAUGGUGUUAACAAAGUCAUAGAAGACAAGAGUGUGGAAGUGGUUAUUGUAUGCGUACCGACUGCUUGUCAUUCUAGCCUUAUCAUAGCAGCUUUAAAAUCUGGCAAAGCUGUGUUCUGUGAGAAACCUAUAGCAAUGGAAGAAGACGAAGUGAAAGCAUGUUACGCUGCUGCGAAGCAAUACGGCCAGUUAUUAUACUGUGCCUUCAACAGGCGAUUUGACCCAUCUAUACGUGAAGUUUACAUGCGUGUAAGAGCUGGUGAAAUAGGUCAAGUCAGAUCAAUUAAAACCACUAGCAGGGAUUACCCUCAACCUGCAUUGUCAUUUUUAAAAAUAUCAGGAAUUGAGCCGUCACUAGAUGUCACUGAAUACCAGUGUUUGUUAGCAACACGUCUUGCAGAGACCUGCUCUAUGAUUGAUAAUGAGGUAACUAAACAAGCAACUAUAGAAAAGGUACUGCAAACAGAUUAUGGUACUAACAGAUGUGAAAAAGUAAAGUCCACUCCUUUCCUAAGCAACAGAGAGAGUUUAUCUAGCUAUCCAUUAUGUGGCCCAUCACUUGUAAAGAAAUAA